AUGGAUAGAAGGUCUGCUAGAAUAAAAGCAGAGUUAGAAAGAUAUGGUUGGAAAGUUUCAAAGAAGUUUAAAUAUAGGAAGGGAAGACCCAUAAAAGUCUAUGACAAACUGGCUGGUCUGACCUAUGAAAUGGACUUGGAAACAGCACGCGCAAAUUAUCCAAACAGGUUAGAGAGGUUAGAAGAAGAACGUCUUAUGGACAUGCCUUUCGAUGUUAGUGAGCCUCAAGUUGAAGGACACGACGGCUUUGCCAGAUUCUACUGGAAACAUGACGAACAAUUGCAUCCUUUGAGAAGGAAAAAAGGAAAAGGUGAAGACGCACAUGCUCCCAUGGAAAGAACAAGAUAUGCAUAUGAAAAGUAUCGUGAAGUUAGAAGUCAAAUUACAUCUGGUCGAACCUUUACAGUAAACUUUGACGAAGGAAAGAACAAAGAAGGCUUCAUGGGUGUACUUGCUGCCAUACAAGACGGAAAUAAGAAAGGAUACAAUCUCAGACUAACCGUAACAGAUUUGGACGGUCACAUUUACUAUGCACAUGGCAAUGUCACAACAGCUGCAAUGCUUCUUGACGCUUUCAAGACUACAAAGAGAGAACAAAUGGUUGACUCCGACUCAGACAUUUUGAAUGCAAUUGAAGGGAUUGCAAGUGUCAAGUUCGAAUGGUACCAACCUAACCCUCAAGCAGUCAGACAACAUGCUGGAUACUUCCCGUUCAUAAAUAAGUCUGACAUUGACUUGACAAGGUAUGGAAUUUACAAUUCAAUUGAAACAAUUGUCAAUGAACCUUGUAUUCUUACAUGUCUCAGGAACUCUGGUCUUGUUACAGAUGAGAAGAUGAAGUAUCUUGAGUCAU